AUGGAAAAACGAAGAGAACUUAAGAGAAAAUCAAAAGAACUUGAAGGGUGUCUCCAAGAAGUGCUAGACAAAAGAAUUGACUACCUUCAUUUACAGAACUUGAAAGAUUUAAGCAUUGAAAUUACCAGGAAGAUCCACAAGCAGUUUCAUUUGUUCAAACUCUCCACUAGUUAUUCCAGUGAAAAGGAGAUAAAAAUUUGGGAGAAUUUUCUCAUAGACUCCCAACAAUGCCUGAACCUUGCCAGUAUCCAAAGCGCUAGGCUUUUAUUUAGCCCCAAAAAGUGCUUUAAUGAGUCUAAAGAAUUCAUCAAAAAUCUAAACUCCAACAUAGCAAAGGCUCAGAAACUAGCAAAUCUAACCUCAGAGGAGGUUAAGCGUGUCUCUCAGGCUGCUAGGUACCACAAAAUCCUUCACAAGAAAUUUACUUUGAUCUCCCAAAUCCUCUCAACUGACAACGAAGUGUUCAAAGAAAUCCUACAAAAUGCGAAAGAAAUAGCUAAAAGCCGUUCACAACCAGUUUCAGUACAGAAAGAGAAUAAGGAAGAGAGCAAGAAUGAGGUCUCAGAGUCGCUUGAUUUGGAAAAUUCUGAGAUUUUGAAUAAGCUGGAUUCUCAGGAUUUGGAGAGUAAGUUAUAAUUUUGGAGAAAAUUUUGAGAUGAGUGAGGGAUGGGAAGGAAAUUGA